GCCGAGGCCAAGGCCGCCGCCACUAAGAAGGACAUUGCGGACGCCAAGGCCAAGCGGGCCGAGGCGAGCAAGGCCAAGGCUGCCGGGAGUAAGGGCACAGGCAAGGGCGACGCCAGCGCCGAGGCGGCGGGCAAGGGCGAGGGCGAGCGCAAGUGUGAGAGGCCCUGCGAGAGCGAGGCGCCGCAUAAGAAGGCAAAGAAGGCGGCGGGCCCCAGCGAGGGCGAGGACAACGGAGCCUCAGCGGGCAAGCAGCCAAAGAAAUCGAUGAAAGGCAAGACGACGGUUGCAUCUACUGCACCUGGCGACGAGCUUCCUGGCGAUGGGCCACUGGGCGACGAGGGACCUGCUGACGGCGAGGCCCCUGGUGGCGAGACCAGCGCAAGCAGCGCAAGCAAGCCAAAGGGCAAAGGCAAAGGCAAAGCUAAAAGCAAGGCCAAGCCAGCUGCCAAGCCGAAGGACCAGGGCAAGAAGAGCAAAGCCGACGCCGAAGGCCCUGCGGAGGAGGGGGGUGCGAUGCCUGAAGAGCCGAUGGACGGCGAAGCCCUGGCGACGCCGCCCAGCAAGAAGCUGAAGUUGCAGCACGACAAGACGAGCACUGAGAAGGGCCAUGCCGACACGCAGAGCCAGAAAGUGAAGGGGGCCGAGCAAACGCCGCUGCAGGAGUGCCACGCAAGGUGCGCCAGGGAGAAGUGCAGGACGCUGGAGGACAUUAACGGCUUGGUCUGGAAGGUAGGCGUCUCGCCCCGCCCGAAGCUGAACUACGGCUGGGAAGUGUUCGUGAGGAACAACACCGGGCAGAAGUGGUCGAUCCUGUCCUCGAGCAAAGUCCUGCCAGCCGACGGCACGCUCGAAGCAGUGAUACAGUACGCAGGCAACACCAAGCUCGUGGAUAUCAUGAAGGAAGCUGGCGUCUACGACGAGACUAAGGAUGACGUGAAGAAGCAGGACCUCGAAGGCCUGGACGAUUGGAAGGACAGCUCGGAGGACGCUUCCAAGAAGCACAACAAGAGCACAGGCAGCAGCAGUGGCGACUCACGCACACCUGGCACGUGGACCAUGGACAAUCCAGAGCCAGCAGGUGACAGCUGCGGGGCAGAAGGACCAACAGAUGAGCCAGCAGGUGGCAGCCGCGGGGCAGGACCACAAGAUGAGCCGCCACAAGAUGGGCCAGCAGAGGAAGACGACAAGGAAGGGCCGAAGGGCAACACCGGCAGCGAGGGCGAGCUUGCGGGCAAGGGCAACGACGGCAGCGAGGGCGAGCUUGCGGGCAACGGCAACGACGGCAGCGAGGACGAGGAGACAAUCCCUGGCGACCCGGGUGACCAGGAGGAGCGCAAGGACACGGUCUCUUGGGACAUCAUCAUCGAGGACUGA